AUGUGUAGUAAAAGUAAAGAAGAGGCCCAAAGAAGCUACUAUUUUAUUUUGGGACAUCUUUGGGACUUCUUUGGAAAAAUAUGGCAUGGUUAUGAAUUACAUGGAGUAGAAAAUCUACCAGAUGGACCAGGCCUGAUUAUUUAUUAUCAUGCUCCAUUUCCUAUAGAUUAUAUAUUUUUUCUAGCAAAGAUCUUUUUCCUGAAAAAGAGAUUGUGUUGCUAUACAGUGGUUGAUCAAUUUGUCUUUAAGUUGCCAGGCUUAAAAAUGCUUGGCAGUAAAUUGAAAAUGAUAACUGGCUCUAAGGAAGAAUGUCUUCAUGCCCUGAAGAAUGGCAAUUGGCUGGCUAUUUCACCAGGAGGAACACGAGAAGCCAUCUUUAGUGAUAAAACCUAUAAGAUGUUAUGGGGUAAACGCAAAGGUUUUGCAAAAGUUGCUUUAGAAGCAAGAGUGCCCAUAAUUCCAAUGUUUACAGAGAACACUCGUGAAGGUUAUAAGAUAUUUGGACAAAUAAAACACUUAUACGAAUAUGUUCGAUGGCCACUAAUUAUUUUGUAUGGAGGUUUUCCGGUGAAAUGGCGUACACAUAUUGGAAAACCUAUACCAUAUGAUCCAAACAUAACUGUGGACGAGCUGGUGAAAAAGGUACAAAAUAGUUUACAGACUUUAAUAGAAAAAAACCAAAAACUACCAGGAAGUAUAAGAAGCGGUCUGUGGGCACGGUUUCAUAACAAGAAAAAUGAAUAA